AAAGCCUCCUAAGAUGAAGACGUUCAGUGUUGCAGUUGCAGUGGCCGUCGUGCUCACAUUCAUCUGUGUUCAGCAGAGCUCUGCUGUCCCAGUCACUGAAGAGCAGGAGCUGGAGGAGCCAAUGAGCAUGGACUAUCCAGCAGCAGCACAUGAGGAGGCAUCAGUGGACUCAUGGAAGAUGCUGUAUAACAGCAGACACAAGCGUGGCAUCAAGUGUCGCUUUUGCUGUGGCUGCUGCACCCCCGGUAUCUGUGGAGUUUGCUGCAGGUUCUGAGGAUUCCUGCUCCAACAACCACUCAGUAUUAACAAACUGUAUGUCACAGACAAUGUGUGAGAUUUUACUGUUUU